AUGGGCGCCGGGUGCAGGGCGCUGUCCGCGGUGCUGGCCGUGCUGUUGGCGGCCACGUUGCCGGGGCAGCCUGUCCGGGCGCAGAACGACACAGAGCCCAUCGUGCUGGAGGGUAAGUGCCUGGUGGUGUGCGACUCGAACCCGGCCACGGACGCCAAGGGCUCAUCUUCGCCUCUGGGGAUCUCGGUCCGGGCGGCCAACUCCAAGGUGGCCUUCUCGGCCGUGCGCAGCACCAACCACGAGCCGUCCGAGAUGAGCAACAAGACGCGCAUCAUUUACUUCGAUCAGAUCCUAGUAAAUGUGGGUAAUUUUUUCACAUUGGAGUCUGUCUUUGUAGCCCCAAGAAAAGGAAUAUACAGUUUCAGUUUUCACGUAAUUAAAGUAUACCAGAGUCAAACAAUCCAGGUGAACCUGAUGUUAAAUGGUAAACCAGUAAUAUCUGCCUUUGCUGGGGACAAAGACGUUACUCGAGAAGCUGCCACCAAUGGAGUUCUGCUCUACUUGGACAAAGAAGACAAGGUUUACCUGAAACUGGAGAAAGGAAAUUUGGUUGGGGGCUGGCAGUAUUCCACGUUUUCCGGCUUUCUGGUGUUCCCACUAUAGAAACUUUGAUGUCUCCGUGACCUUUAUCCAGGUGAGGGGCAGCCCACCCUG